CUGAAACGGGUCCCACAGACCCGAGCACCGUACAAGGGUUAAAGGGCAUCACGGAUGGGGUUUUUCUGCUGUGUUUCCAGGAUCCGGGUGCGUCUCCUCCCUCGCCGCUGCUGGGUCUGAAGCCUCUUCAGCUGCUGGAGGUUAAAGCUCGAGGACGCUACGGCUGCGUCUGGAAAGCUCAGAUGAUGAAUGAUUAUGUAGCCGUGAAGAUCUUCCCCGUUCAGGACAAGCAGUCGUGGCAGAACGAGCGCGACAUGUUCUCCACGCCGGGCAUGAAGCACGAGAACCUGCUGCGCUUCAUCGCCGCCGAGAAACACGGAAGCAACCUGGAGACGGAGUUCUGGCUCAUCACAGAGUUUCAUGAGCGGGGCUCGCUGACGGAUUAUCUGAAGGGGAGCGUGCUGAGCUGGAGCGAUCUGUGUCACAUCGCGGAGACGAUGGCCUGCGGUCUGGCGUAUCUUCAUGAGGACGUGCCGCGCUCUAAAGGAGAGGGUCCUAAACCGGCCAUCGCUCACAGAGACUUCAAGAGCAAGAAUGUGAUGCUGAGGAGCGACCUCAGCGCGGUGCUGGGGGACUUGGGGCUGGCGGUGCGCUUCGAGCCGGGGAAGCCUCCGGGAGACACACACGGUCAGGUCGGGACGCGCCGCUACAUGGCUCCGGAGGUGCUGGAGGGGGCCAUUAACUUCCAGCGGGACGCCUUCCUGCGGAUAGACAUGUACGCCGUGGGGCUGGUGCUGUGGGAGCUGGUGUCGCGCUGCAAAGCUGCAGAUGGUGAGAGCAGAAUUCCUCUGCUGCCGUUUGAGGAGGAGAUCGGCCAGCAUCCGUCUCUGGAGGAUCUUCAGGUUCUGGUGGUUCAUAAGAAGAUGAGGCCUGUGUUUAAGGACUGCUGGCUCAAGCAUUCAGGUCUGGCGCAGUUGUGCGAGACGAUCGAGGAGUGCUGGGAUCACGACGCGGAGGCACGGUUAUCAGCCGGCUGCGUGGAGGAGCGAAUCUCUCAGAUCCGCCGCCUGGCGAGCGUCACUACCUCAGACUGCCUGCUUUCCAUAUCGCUCACCAACGUGGACCUGCCUCCCAAAGAGCCCAGCAUCUGACCCUCCGAUCUCAAACCACAUCGGAGCAGCUGCUAUUCUAUCCUAACGUUUUUAAACUUUAUUAUUAUUAUUGUUAUUGUUAUUUUUCUGAUCGGAUCAGUAACUACCAGCACACUUCUCUACUGUAUUUUUAUCAUCAGAGCAAACGCAGAAGAUUUUUAAACAUGCAUUCAGGUGCCGACAAAUGAAUGCCGACCGGCGACGUUUCAGUUCUGCCGAUUCCGUUGAUUUUCCUCGCUCUUCUUCUUCUGGAUUUUUUUCCAGAUCGACGAGCAACCAAGAUUCAACAGUGCUGCAAACCCCGCGAGGAUCAUGAUGACUGUUACACGCGCAACCCGACCUCCUCGCCGGGAUUUCGCUUUUUAUUUCUCUCUCUCUUUUUCUUUCUGACAGUGUGCUGUUUGGAAUUACGGAAAACGUGUCUUUUAGGGAACUAACGGGUGUUGAGGAACACAACGGAGAAGACAUCUGGACUAAUUCCUUUCUUUCUUUCUUUAGUUUCGGUUUUAUUUCGUGGUGGGCUUUUAUCGAGUGGAUAUGGCUGGAAACUCUUGCAUGUGGAAAUAUGGGAGGUUUGGUACGGAAAUCUUUCUCAGGUAUCCAGUGUCAAGGGGUCCAUGACUGCCUUUCCCACGUCAUUACAGGACAGAGAGAAAUAUAACGGUGCCCUGAUGAAUUUAACACUAAACAUGCAAGACCGUGUGUGUGUGUGUGUGUGUGUGUGUGUGAGUGUGUGUGUGUGAGAGUGUGUGUGUGUGAG